UCUUUCUGGCCAGAGAUCACAGUUUCGGAUAAAGAAAUAUGGAUAGGAGCAGGGUCUGCGCUCUGAUCUUCAUCUGCAUUGCCGUGGUCGGUGUCGGCGGUCAAGCCCCAGCGGCAGCGCCAACUACCACACCAACACCACCAACAACUCCGGUCGCACCAGUUUCAUCACCACCCGCUGCUGCAACUGCGCCGACCACGCCUAAAACCCCAGCCCCAGUAGCAACACCAACAGCGGCACCACCGACGGUAGUUUCAUCUCCGCCAGUACAAGCUCCUCAAGCAGCUCCACCAACACCGACGGUUCCAGCUCCAGUUGUCACUCCCGCUUCGCCACCACCGGUGUUGACCCCACCUCCAACCCCAGUUCCGGUGAGCUCUCCUCCACCUGCAUUACCUCCUCCAGUACCAGCCCCAACCACACCUCCCGCAGCUCCUCCACCAGCAGUUCCCCCACCUGCACCAGUGGCAGCACCUCCUGCAGAGGUACCUGCACCGGCACCGAGCAAGAAGAAGAAGAAAACGAAACACACCCCGGCCCCUGCGCCCUUAGCCGUGAGCCCUCCCGCGCCACCCACCGCGGCACCUGGGCCGAGUACUGACUCUUCCGCCUCUCCCGGACCAGCUGCGGACGUGAACUCGAACGGUGUAGAGAAGAUGUGGGGGUUGCAGAAUAUGGUAAUGCUGGGAGGAGCUCUACUCUGUGCUUUCCUAUUCUAGGAGGGAGCAGAGGAGGGCAGGGGCAGGAACAU